GCUUUGUUACCUGUGAGUUAAAGUUGCAGUGUUGCUGCAGUGUUGUAGAGGAGUGAGCAGUAGCAUCUGGAGUCGUGGUUUGAGUGAAGACCUUGCAGUUGGCCAUGAAUCUUGCUUUGAUGUUUAGGCUAUCUUGGAUUUGCCUUUUCUUUUUGACGGAUGUUGGCCUAUGCAGUCCUCAAGUUCAUGAAAACCUACAUUCCCAUCAGGAGAAACUCAUUCCUGUGUGGACUUUCAGUCCAGCUCAGGAGGAUAAGAAAUCCAAGACAGUUGAGGCUCCAGCCCAAGAGCGUCCAGCAUGGGCCCAAACGCCCCCCGCCUGGAUCAUGCCGCCAGCUGCAGUGAACCAGGAACCCAAGGUGCCUGAAGCUCCAGCCCAAACGCCCCCAGCAUGGGCCCAGUUGCGCCCAGCAUGGAUCAUGCCUCCAGCUCCAGUGAACCAGGAACCCAAGGUGCCUGCAGCUCCAGCCCAAGAGGCCCCAGCAUGGAUCAUGCCUCCAGCUCCAGUGAACCAGGAACCCAAGGUGCCUGAAGCUCCAGCCCAAACGCCCCCAGCAUGGGCCCAGUUGCGCCCAGCAUGGAUCAUGCCUCCAGCUCCAGUGAACCAGGAACCCAAGGUGCCUGCAGCUCCAGCCCAAGAGGCCCCAGCAUGGAUCAUGCCUCCAGCUCCAGUGAACCAGGAACCCAAGGUGCCUGCAGCUCCAGCCCAAGAGCCCCCAACAUGGGCCCAGGAACUCCCACAACAGAAUACGCCCCUAGUGAGCCAAGCACCAGCCCAAACGCCACCGUCUCCGAUGACUCCAUUAGGUCCUGUUGGGGGUAGUUUUGGAAGCUCCUUCAUGGAGGGUGUUGGUGGAGAGGCUACCUCUAAUGGUGGUGCUACUGAGGGUCCAUCAGGGCGAGAGCGCUUCCUUGUCAUCACAGAGCCCUUGGGUUUUCAAACCCGCUACGUGGUGAAGUCCUUCAAUCGUUAUGUGCGAGGAAAAAAGAUCUAUUCCCAAACCACCUACAUCCCUCUAGAUUAUCAGCCUGCUCCUGAGCCUGCUCCUGUCCCCACUCUUCCUGCGCAAGAAGCCCAGGUGGACCAAACUGUGAAUGCCGCCACUGCAAGAAAAGGAUAGGCUUGCCCAGUUGACCUUCUGUGACUUUGGACUUCAAUCCAAAUGUGUAUCUGGGCCCUUGUUGCAUCGUGGCUUAAAAAAAUAAAAUUCUUAAACGUACAAAA